AUGUUACCGGGAAGCCUUCUGUGUCCGUCCGUGUGCGUCUGCCUGGACUACCACACCAUCGACUGCCGGGACCAGGGACUUCCCAGCCUUCCCAACCUCUUCCCUUUGGACAUUCGGAAACUUCUGGCCGCCAACAACCACAUCCAGUCCAUCCCGGGGGACCUGUUCUUGUUCUACGCCGACCUGGUCUACCUGGACCUGCGGAACAACUCGCUGAGCUCGCUGGAAGAAGGCACCUUCAGCACGUCCACCCGCCUGGUCUUCCUGGACCUCAGUUACAACAACCUGACCCAACUGGAAGCCGGGAUCUUCAAAUCGGCCGACCGGCUCAUCAAGCUGAGUCUGGGGAACAAUAAUCUGUCCGAGGUUCACCAGGACGCCUUCGUGAACUUGGACGCUCUUCAGGUGCUGGAGCUCAAUGACAAUAAUCUGCAAAGUCUGAGCGUGGCGGUGCUGGAAUCGCUGCCGUCCCUGAGGACCGUCCGCCUGGAGGGCAACCCUUGGACGUGCGACUGCGACUUUGCCAACCUCUUCUUCUGGAUUGACGAGAAUUCCAAUAAACUGCAAAAAGGUGGGUCACCCCCCCCGUCACCCCAUGUAGGUCGGCCGUUGACGUGUUGGAAAGUUCCAUGUGUGAAGCCAUUCCAUGCUUGGAGUAGACCCAACCACCUACAUACCCCUCUCCGACAUACCCCCAGAUCUACCGACAUACCCCGAGAUUCCCCGACAUACCCCCAGAUUCCCCUACAUACCCCCAGAUUCCCCGACAUACCCCCAGAUUCCCCGACAUACUCCCAGAUUCCUCGACAUACCCCCAGAUUCCCCGACAUACCCCCAGAUUCCCCGACAUACUCCCAGAUUCCUCGACAUACCCCCAGAUUCCCCGACAUACCCCCAGAUUCCCCGACAUACCCCCAGAUUCUCCGACAUACCCCCAGAUUCUCCGACAUACCCCCAGAUUCCCCGACAUACCCCCAGAUUCCCCGACAUACCCCCAGAUUCCCCGACAUACUCCCAGAUUCCUCGACAUACCCCCAGAUUCCCCGACAUACCCCCAGAUUCCCCGACAUACCCCCAGAUUCUCCGACAUACCCCCAGAUUCUCCGACAUACCCCCAGAUUCCCCGACAUACCCCCAGAUUCCCCGACAUACCCCCAGAUUCCCCGACAUACCCCCAGAUUCCCCGACAUACUCCCAGAUUCCCCGACAUACCCCCAGAUUCCCCGACAUAUCCCCAGCUGUUUCCACUCCUUCACUGAUCUGCAGAUAGGAACCGGAAAUGUGAGCUGUCCUCAUACGUGUCCAUCCUCAUACGUGUCUAUCCUCAUACAUAUAUAUCCCCAUAUAUGUCUGUCCUCACACGUGUCUGUCCUCAUACAUAUAUAUCCCCAUAUAUGUCUGUCCUCACACGUGUCUGUCCUCAUUCAUGUCUAUUCCCAUACAUGCUUGUCCUCAUACAUGUCUGUCCUCAUGCAUGUCUGUCCUCAUACACAUCUGUCCACAUACGUGUCUGUCCCCUUACAUGUCUGUCCUCAUACACAUCUGUCCACAUACGUGUCUUUACCUAUUCAUGUCUGUCCCCUUACAUGUCUGUCCCCUUACAUGUCUGUCCCCUUACAUGUCUGUCCUCAUAUGUGUCUGUCUUCAUACACAUCCGUCCCCAUGCGUGUCUGUCCCCAUACGUGUCUGUCCCCAUACGUGUCUGUGCCCAUACGUGUCUGUCCUCAUACGGGUCUGUCCCCAUACGUGUCUGUCCCCAUAUGGGUCCGUCCACAUACGGGUCUGUCCCCAUACGGGUCCGUCCACAUACGGGUCUGUCCUCAUACGUGUCCGUCCACAUACGGGUCUGUCCCCAUACGUCUCCAUCCAAAUAUGUGUCCUUAUACGUGCUUGUCCUCAUAUGUGUCCAUCCACAUAUGUGUCUGUCCCCAUACGUGUCUGUCCCCACACGUGUCUGUCCCCAUACGUGUCUGUCCUUUAUAUGUGCUUGAACUCAUACGUGCUCAUUCACAUACAUGUCUGUGCUCAUACGUGUUCAUCCACAUACAUGUCUACCCUAAUACGUGUCUGCCUCCAUGCGUGUCUAUCCCCAUUCAUAUCUGUCCCCACAAGUGUCCAUCCACAUACAUGUCUGUCCUUAUAUGUGUCCGUCCACAUACAUGUCUGUGCCCAUAUGUGUCUGCCCCCAUACAUGUUCGUCCCCAUACGUGUCUGUACUGA